AUGACAGGGUGGAUUCGUCGAUUUGUGCACAAUACUAAAGCAGGCAGUGUAUCACAUAGACGCAGAGGACAAUUAUCGUUCGUCGAAUAUGAGGAAGCAGUCACCACUUUGGUCCGGUUGGUGCAACAGGAGAGCUUUCCGGAAGAAAUCGGUCAUUUAGCAAAAGGUCGACAAGUGCAAUCGUCGUCGAUACUUAUUAGGUAUGAUCCCCAGCUAGUAGAUGUAAUCAUACGCCUGGGUGGGCGGUUAGCACACGCGCCCAUCCCCGAAACCCGCAAACAUCCCAUGAUUUUACAUCAUCAGCACGCUCUGACCAAACUUAUCAUCAGUCACUAUCAUCGGAAAUUGUUCCACGCCGGUCAGCAGUUAUUAAUAGCAUCGGUCAGGGAAAAGUUUUGGCCCACUCGAAUUCGGGACCUCGCUCGAAGAACAAUUCACCAGUGUGUGCAAUGCUUUUGGAGCAAACCAAAGGUACACGAGCAGAUCAUGGCAGAUCUGCCCUCUGUCAGAGUAAAUCCAGCAGCCGUGUUUCAGAAAGUAGGCGUAGAUCUCUGCGGCCCGUUUUAUAUUCGCUAUCCCGUUCGUCGCAGCGUUCCCGUGAAGUGCUUUGUGGGUAUCUUCAUCUGCCUCGCAACUAAAGCAGUGCACAUAGAGAUUGUCGCAGAUUUAUCUACGCAUGCAUUUAUCGCGGCAUUUAGAAGAUUUGUAGCCAUCCGUGGCAGACCACGUCUGGUGAUGUGCGACAAUGCCACAAACUUUGUGGGAGCAAACCGGGAGCUUAAGGAACUCCGCCAGCAGCUCAAUGACCAACAGCUCCAGUAUUCAAUGGUCCGUGCAGCAGAAGAUGAUGGAAUCGAGUUCAAAUUCAUUCCGGCCGGAUCCCCCAACCUCGGAGGGUUGUGGGAAGCGGCUGUGAAAUCAUUUAAGGGUCAUUUCCGUCGAACAAUUGGCAACAAUCCAUUAUCCUACGAUGAACUUCAUACAAUAGUACAACAAGUGGCAGCUAUUUUGAACUCCCGUCCUUUGACAUCGUUAAGCAACGACCCGCAUGACUAUACAGCCCUAACUCCCGGGCACUUUCUGGCUGGCAGACCACUCACCGCUGUACCAGAACCGGACUUACAAGAUAUUCCGGAGAAUCGAUUGGCGCUUUGGCAGCGAAGCCAAGCUUUGGUGCAGCGGAUCUGGCGAAAAUGGAAGACGGAAUACUUAUCGAGUUUACAAGCCAGAACAAAAUGGACCAAGAAGCGGGACAACAUCAAAAUCAGAACGAUGGUGCUUGUCAAGGAAGAAAACUUACCUCCCCAGAAAUGGAGAUUGGGACGUGUAGCGGAAGUGUUCUUCAGUACCGAUGGAAACAUACGCGUCGUGACUGUCCGCACCAAGGAUGGUACGUUCAGGAGGCAUUGCCAAGAUUUGUGUACUUCCCAUCCGGGACAACAUCGAGUCUCAACACGAAGAGAACUAGUUCUCUUCUAACAAGGUGCUUAGGCACCGCGGGAGCCUUCAAACGAAGAGCUCCCGCAAUCCAGUUAUUUUUUCAUCAUAUAUUUCAAAAAGCUUAAGGAAUGUUCAUCCUUCAUAGCUAUUCCUGUUUACGUCCCGGCCCGGGACGUCGAUGCUUCAAGCAUGUUUUCUCGUCACGGUUAAGGUGCAUGGUACCAUUCAUAGUAGUAAUCACAUCAAAUUUCGUCACAUCAUGAUAGUACUGCAGCCUUAUUAUCCGAAUAAGUUUCCCGUCGUGCAAUGGGCCCAUUGUACGAAAGCAGCGCCAGCAACCGAUUGGUCGUCAGAAGGUUUGGCCAACCAACUCUGAUGGUCAUCAACAGCUACGUUGCAGCAUCGCAGACAUCCCAGCAGUACAUGAUGAUUCCACUCUCGUGCAGUAUCCUCGCCGGCGCCAUCGGUGCAAUCGGCACCCGUGGAGGCCAGGAGGUUUCCACUCCAGGCGAGUUCUGUUAGUGUUAUUAAUUUCAAAUUAAAAACCACCCUGCUUUUACUAGAAAAUGUUUGAUGCGACCUACCUGCAUCCCGGGGACAACGCCAGAAGGAAGGACGACGGCAGUAUGAUGCACUCCUAGCAGCAACUUCGAGCACAAUACCAGCAGUCACUCAAUUAUCCGAAAUUGUUUCUGAUCAACGAAGGUGGCACUACAGGAGAAAUGGCCCAUUCAUGGUAACAUCAGAACAUCGCAAUCGUCUCCGAAAAUGUUCCAGUCCGUCGAAUAUAAUCCCCAUAGACUCCAGCUCCAGGAUUUCACCAUUGUCGUCUGUACGUGUCAUCGCAUCAUAGUCCAGUAACAGCCUUGCUUAUUAGUAGUACCCUCUCACUUCGAGGAACAAAUGAAGAUAAC